AUGUCGGACUUGAAGGUCUGCAGAUGCUGGGAGAAAACCGCGGUCACAAAGAUAUUUUUAGGGCCCUACCGCACCACUAGAGACUCUCCUCGCACUCUCACACCCGACAUCCGAUCACCGCCCGGGUUCAGAACCCGGUAUACGGAAGCCGUAAUAUGUAUACCGAAUCCGAAAAACAUAUUAAUUAACAACACACAAGACGCUGAACAAGCUGUAAACGAUUAUAUUAAUGGAGUUAAAAGAACAAGUGCAACAGAAGAUGAUACAGCAGUGCAAUUGGCUAUUGAAAUAGCAGCUACCGAAAACCCUGGAGGCACCGAUGUUUUGUGCUUUAAAGGAGAAGAUGAUUUUGACAAAUUAAUGAGUACAUCAAGGAAUGAACGUGUUUUGAAAUGGACUUGGAUGGCUUGGCGGGAGGCGGUGUGUCGGACAAUGGGGGCGCCUUAUAAAGAACUGGUUGAAAUUGAAAAUGCAGCUGCCAGAAGGAACGGGUAUAAAGACAUCGGCGAGUCCUGGAGAGAGGAACAAGAAAUUCCAAAUUUAAAAAGUUUUUGUCGUCGCCUAUACAAAAGCAUAAGACCUUUAUACAGGGUGCUGCAUGGCAUCACGAGGUUCUUCCUUAGAAGACAUUACGGGGCAAUUGUAGAAGAGACCGGGCCAAUACCGGCUCAUUUAUUGGGAAAUCUCUGGUCACAGAAUUGGGAGCCUUUAACGGAUCUAAUAAUAAAAAACACUUUGAAUUUAGACGAACGCAUACGAAGAUCUAACUGGACCGUUCUGCAUAUGGCAAAAAGGGCUGAAGACUUUUACCAAUCGCUUGGGCUGCCACCAAUGACGGAUGCGUUUUGGCGCGAAUCGGUUUUGACGCGGGAAAAACACGCACACGCGCGUUGUCAUGGCGCCGCAGCCGACAUGUUUAAAGAUGGCGAUUUCAGACUGCUCUAUUGCUCUGGAACUACAAAGGAAGAUCUUUAUGUACUACAUCAUGAACUUGGCCACAUACAAUAUUAUAUGGCAUACGAAGACCAGCCUGCUAUAUUCAGACAAGCUAAUACAGCGCUGCACGAGACAAUAGGAGACUCUAUAAUGCUUGGUGCGUUUACACCGCAACAUCUGCACAGGCUUGGUCUCAUUACGGACCUUGAGCUUUAUUCCAACGGACACAACGAUGUACUUCUGUUCAAACAAGCCCUUAUUAAAAUCCCGCAAAUAGCGUUCGCAUUGGUUUUGGAGGAAUAUCGAUGGAAGUAUUUUGAGAAUGGUCUGAGCAAUUUGAAUGGAGAUUUUUGGGACAUGGCCUUGGAAUUGCAAGGAAUCGUUCCACCAGUUUAUAGAGGCGAAGACUAUUUUGACGCCGGAGCUAAAUUUCAUGUGCCAGACAACACUCCUUAUGCACGAUACUUCUUGAGCAGCUUCCUCCAGCACCAAGUUUAUGAGACGCUGUGCAAAGCGGCAGUCUUCGGUCGGCGUAAUGUCGACGAGCCCCUACCUGGCACCAUCAGAAUGGACCGCUGCGACAUUUACGGAUCGAAGACCAUUGGCAGGAUAUUACAAGAAAUAAUGAAACCUGGUCACUCAAAACACUGGCGUGUCAUCUUGAAGGCUGCGACGGGGAUAGACGACAUCUCUGGAGCAGCUCUGAAACGAUACUACCGGCCGCUGUACAAGAUAUUAAACAAGAUGGUUGCCCGAUACCGGAUUCCGAUUGGCUGGUGAAUCAAGCAAUCAGAAAACGUUUUUAAGCGACCGUUACAAUUUAAAUUAAGAAUUGAAUUAAAAUGUCUCUUUACCUUUUAUUUAAUUUAUUUGAAAGCUUAGAUUGGUCGUGUUAU